AAAAAUAUGGAGUUUGUGAGAUGACUGGAAACACACCCGGGUCUCCUGGGUAUGAGAAUUCUAUCGUAGGUUUCCAUGAAGCCACUGAUGGGGAUACAACGGAUGAUCUGUACGGGGUGGUCGAGAAGGAUGCCUUUUCAGCCCAAAUGAAGAGAGGUACCAUGAUAGUAGAUUACGUCAACGUGAAAGGGGAAGCUGGCAACACUCCUGCCGUGGCGGAACCAGAUCAUAGCUAUGAAAACAUGGCAGCUGAUACGACGAGCAAUGACGCCAUGACAUCGAAGGAUGUGGGUGGUUCGGAUGAGUUGUACGCGAUGUCGACCAAACAUCGUCUGGGACCAGACGGUCGAGAAGUUGUCAAGGAAGAAGCGGAUAUGUAUGCGGUACCAGAUAAAGGGCGAAAAAGUCAACCUUCCCGUGAUGCUUUAGGCAAGUCCCUUCCGGUUGAGAAAGCAGAUGACGCUGGUGAUUUGUAUGCAAUGCCGGAUAAGAAUCGAAGGAGCAAGAAUGCUUUAACUUCCUCCAGGUCAGAUGAUAUUGAAAUGAUGUAUGCUAUGCCAGAUAAACCAAGGUUUGGUCAAUUACAUGAUGAUGAUGAUACAACCGAAAUGGUAGAAAAUGAGUUGUAUGGAUGAAAUUUUGAUCUCUCUCACGUACUUUCAGCA